CUUCUCAUUUCAUAGAAUGUGCAAACCAGUCUAUCGAGGAGUACAUCAAUGAUUUGGAGACUCUCCGCGUGAUGGUGGAGACCUUCCCCUCGGCAGGGCAGGUGGUGGCAGGAGACAUCGCGCCAUGCCUGAAGCAGGACUCUCAGAGCGACUUCAAAGACUUUGUCACUCUGUCCAAUGAUAUGUUGGAUGCUAUAUUCCUUAAUGGUAACUCAUCAGCUCAGCAACUGGAGAAGAUGUCAGAGAAGGACCGUGUCGGCCUGCUCCGUCUCCUCAGCAGCAGCGACACUCCGCUGUGGCUGACGGAGGUG